CUCCUCUCGAUCACUCACCCACAUCACACGCUGCGACGACAGCAUUGCGAGCUAUAGCUAAGCUAGUAGCUGCAAUGGCGGUUCGCUACGAGAAGAAGGCGAUGUGCGCGCUGCUGCUCUCGCUGAUCAUGGUGGCGCUCUCGGUGGCCGCCGCCGGCGACGGCGACGCGCCGCCGUCCACGCCGGUGUCGCCGACGACGGCUUGCAACGACACGACGGACCCCAGCUUCUGCCGGACCGUGCUGCCGCCGCGCGGGUCCAGCGACCUCUACACCUACGGCCGCUUCUCGGUGGCCCGGUCGCUGGACUCCGCCCGGAGGUUCGCCGGCCUCGUCGGCCGCUACCUCGCCCGCCACCGCGGCCUGUCGCCGGCGGCCGUCGGCGCGCUGCGCGACUGCCAGCUCAUGUCGGAGCUCAACGUCGACUUCCUCUCCGCCGCCGGCGCCACGCUGAGGAGCGCCGCCGACGCGCUGCCCGACCCGCAGGCCGACGACGUGCACACGCUGCUGUCGGCGAUCCUCACCAACCAGCAGACCUGCCUCGACGGCCUCCAGGCCGCGUCGUCGUCGUGGUCGGAGCGCGGCGGCGGCGGCCUCGCCGCGCCCAUCGCCAACGGCACCAAGCUCUACAGCCUCUCGCUCUCCCUCUUCACCAGGGCGUGGGUGCCCACGGCGAAGGGGUCCAAGCACCACGGCGGCGGCAAGAAGCCUCACCAAGGCCACGGCAAGAAGCAGCCGCCGGCGGCGGCGGCGAGCAUGAGGAGGGGGCUGUUCGACGCGGCCGACGGCGAGAUGGCGCGGCGGGUGGCGAUGGAGGGGCCGGAGGCGACGGUGGCGGUGAACGGGGUGGUGACGGUGGACCAGGGCGGCGGCGGGAACUACACGACGGUGGGUGACGCGGUGGCGGCGGCGCCGAGCAACCUGGACGGCAGCACGGGGCACUACGUGAUCUACGUGGCGGGCGGCGUGUACGAGGAGAACGUGGUGGUGCCCAAGCACAAGAGGUACAUCAUGAUGGUCGGCGACGGCGUCGGCCAGACGGUCAUCACCGGCAACCGGAGCGUCGUCGAUGGCUGGACCACUUUUAACUCCGCCACCUUCGCUGUGGUGGGGCAAGGGUUCGUGGCGAUGAACAUGACGUUCCGGAACACGGCGGGGCCGUCGAAGCACCAGGCGGUGGCGCUCCGGUCCGGCGCCGACCUGUCGGCGUUCUACGGGUGCAGCUUCGAGGCGUACCAGGACACCCUCUACGCCCACUCCCUCCGCCAGUUCUACCGCCGCUGCGACGUCUACGGCACCGUCGACUACGUCUUCGGCAACGCCGCUGUCGUCUUCCAGUCCUGCGCCUUCCUCUCCCGCCUCCCGCUCCCCGGCCAGUGCAACACCGUCACGGCGCAGGGCCGAUCCGACCCCAACCAGAACACCGGCACCUCCAUCCAGGGCUGCUCCCUCCUCGCCGCCCCGGACCUCGCCGCCGCCGGCGACGGCGGCCGGACGCUCACCUACCUCGGCCGGCCGUGGAAGAACUUCUCCAGGACGGUGGUCAUGGAGUCCUACGUCGGCGGCCUCGUCGACCCGGCCGGGUGGAUGCCGUGGUCCGGCGACUUCGCGCUCGACACGCUCUUCUACGCCGAGUACAACAACUCCGGCCCCGGCGCCGACACCAGCCGCCGCGUCGCCUGGCCGGGCUACCACGUCCUCGGCGCCGGCGCCGACGCCGGCAACUUCACCGUCACCAGCAUGGUGCUCGGCGACAACUGGCUGCCCCAGACCGGCGUCCCCUUCACCAGCGGCUUCCUCACUUCCGAUCCACCUAUUAGCUAAUGCAUUAUUUAAUUAAUUAUAUAUAUGAUCAUCUAAACCCAUCUAUUAAUAAUUAAUUAAUUAUAGAAUGACAAACACAUAAUGUACUACUACUAUUCGAUCGAUCUCGGUGUCGGCAUUAUUAGUUAGUUUACUUCUUAUUUAUUAGUUACAAUAUUUGUGAGAUUGAGAUGACAGGUAAAUUAAGCGAAAUUAGUUUAAGAGAUGGAGUAAUAAUACUAUUAUGUGUGCAAGAAUAAGAGAGGAGUAUAGUACUAGUGGAGUGGUGGUAUACUGGUAUUGUGUGGGUUGGUUACUUGACUUCUGCUAGUGCAGUAGCAGAUCGAUCGGAUAAAGAGUUGUACACUUUGUACUACAUGGAAAGGUAUAUAUGGUUCUCAGCCUAACUUUGUGGUGCUUUUGUUGUU